UAAACUCAGCUUGCUGCCCUGUCUCUUCGGUAAGCCUCCGCCGUUCCCUUUAGUGUUUCUCCCUGUAGUUGUUAUCGUCGUCAUUGUCAUUGUCAUCAUCACCAUCCUCAGUAGAAGUUUGAGUGGCGACAGCAUUCAGAGUGCAGCAAUUGCUAGAUGUUGCUUCAUCAUCUCCUACAUGCUGUUGUUCCCUUCUACUUGUUCCCAUUCCUCCAUCCCUCCUCUCUAGAGAUGUUCACAAUUCGCACACACGCACACACACGUACGCACCAACGCACGAACCCACCGCACACAUCCUGCUCUCUUUUGCUUCUCUCUCUCUCGUUCUUAAUUCACACAUUCACUCCCCCCUGCUCUGCUAUUCGCCCACCCGGCCAACAUAACACCAAGCAUCACACGUGGGGAUACCUGCUUAUAUUAUACAAACACAUCUUUUUCUCUUCUUCAUCCUUCUCUCUUUUUCCUCUCCCCCUUCCUCUCCCGCACAACAUAACAACAGAACACAACAACACAACACAACGAUGCGCGCACCCACAUACCACAGCGCAUAAUAGCGACGACACGGCACAACACCACACAACACCACACAACACGUGCCGUCACCUAGACUCAAUCUAGGACUAUUUCCUAGUUGGAGAUUUCAACCCAACCCAACCUCCUCUCUCGCACACCCUCUCUCACCCUCUUCUCUUUCCU